AUGUCCAUCUUCGCUCCUCGCUCAUCCGUCUACGAGCCCAGCUACAGCGGCCUCUUCCGACUCAUCGACGACUUCAACAACUAUGCCGUCGAGGCCACCAACAGCAACUCCUCCUCUAACGCCGCAUCAACAAACAAGCGCGGCCGCUCCGGCUUCCUUUCAGACAUUGUGAGCUGGACGCCCAAAUUCGACCUGCAGGAGACGCCCAACACGUACAUCCUGCACGGCGAGUUCCCCGGCAUGGACAAGAAGGAUAUCAACAUCGAGUUCACCGACGACCAGACCAUCACCAUCCGCGGCCGCAGCGAGCGCUCGCACUCGCAUGAGGAGCCUGCCGACGAGGACGGCGACGCAGUCGUGGUUCCGUCCAGCGGCGACAAGAAGAGCGGCAAGGACGCCGCCGACAGCAAGUCGGAGGACAACAAGGACAAGCAGGUCGAAAAGAACAACGCCGGCCAGCACAAGGUCAAGUACUGGGUCUCGGAGCGCAGCUUUGGAGAGUUCUCGCGCUCCUUCAACUUCCCUACCCGCAUCGAUGCGAGCGGUGUCGUGGCCAAGUUGGACAAUGGCGUGCUGAACAUUGUCGUUCCAAAGAUGACCAAGCCGCAGGGUAGGAAGAUUGCGAUCGAGUAA